CUCCUCCUCCUCAUCCUCCUCCUCCUCCGCGGCGGCGCCGGGCAGAUGCGGCGGAUCGCGGGGCGGCUGUGGCCCGCAGCGGGCUCCCGUCCCCCCGCCGCCCCCAUGGACGGCAGCGGGGGCAGCAGCAGCAGCAGCAGCCGCGCGUAGCUCGUGUCUGCAAACCUUGGGACAGCUAAGUGUCGUGCAAAGGAGGUGGAGAAGUAUAACCAGGAUUUCUUGUGAUGUCUUAACUUCCCUUGGACUCCUUAGAGCCUCACCCAGCAUUCUAAUUCCAUCCCUCGCGGCAGGUGAAGGAAGGCAUGCCCCAAACACUGAGUUCUACCAGUAUGUUUACCCCAUGUGGCUUCAGCCCUCAUCUACAUACUUCAAAAGAAGGUGAACAAGGAGGACUGAUCUUCCAGGAUGGAAACCUUACCUCAGCAUCUCUGGAUGCUCUAAUCCAGCAUCUGAUACCUACCACUGAUUACUACCCUGAAAAAGCCUACAUCUUUACAUUCCUGCUGAGUUCCAGACUCUUCAUUGAACCCCAUGAGCUUUUGUCCCGGGUUUGUCACAAGUGCAUUGAGCAGCAGCGGCUGGAUGACCCCGUGCUGGACAAGGCUCGAAUCAGGAAAUUUGGACCCAAAAUCUUGCAGUUGCUGACAGAGUGGACAGAGACAUUCCCGUAUGACUUUCAGGAGGAGCGGAUGAUUGGCCAUCUCAAGGACAUGAUUCACAGGAUAGCCCCAUGUGAUGAGGCUUACUGGAAAAAGAUGAAUCAGCUUUUGCAAGCCCUGAAUCAGAAGCUUGCAACCCUCAGCCAUGGGCAAGAAGGGAUUGUCAAGAUCAGUACUGCUGUCUCUGAUAAGCUGGUUGCCUUUAAAACUAAACCUCCAUCAAUUCAGAGAGAAAUCCUGAGUGUCUGCAGUGACCCUUACACCCUGGCUCAGCAGCUGACACAUGUGGAGCUGGAAAGACUGAGUCACAUUGGACCUGAGGAGUUUGUGCAGGCAUUUGUCCAUAAGGACCCUCUGGAUGGCACCAAGACUUGUUUCAGUGAGCAGAAGAAGACAAGUAACCUUGAGGCCUAUGUGAAAUGGUUCAAUAGACUCUGCUACCUGGUAGCAACAGAAAUUUGCAUGCCUGCAAAAAAGAAACAGCGAGCACAAGUCAUCGAAUUCUUCAUCGACGUUGCCCGAGAGUGCUUUAACAUAGGGAAUUUUAAUUCACUGAUGGCAAUCAUUUCUGGAAUGAAUAUGAGUCCAGUUUCCAGGCUAAAGAAGACUUGGUCAAAAGUGAAAACAGCCAAAUUUUUCAUUCUGGAGCACCAGAUGGACCCCACUGGAAACUUCUACAACUACAGGACAGCGCUGCGGGGGGCUGCCCACAGGUCCCUCACUGCUCACAGCAACAGGGAGAAGAUUGUGAUCCCCUUCUUCAGCCUAUUGAUCAAAGACAUUUAUUUUUUGAAUGAGGGAUGUGCUAAUCGCCUUCCAAAUGGACAUGUCAACUUUGAAAAAUUCCUGGAACUGGCUAAGCAAGUAGGAGAAUUUAUAACAUGGAAACAAGUGGAGUGUCCAUUUGAGCAAGACCCUAACAUCAUCCACUACUUGCACACUGCUCCCAUUUUUACUGAAGAUGGUUUGUAUCUGGCUUCCUAUGAAAGUGAAAGUCCGGAGAACCAGACGGAAAAGGACAGGUGGAAAUCCUUAAGAUCCACCAUUUUAGGAAAGACUUGAAGAUUGAGAGAUUAUUGCAGUAGGUCAAGGAAAAGAAAUCCGCAAACAUUUUGCACUACUGAUUCCAAAGAUGCCUGUUUGGGAUUUAGACAAUUUCUUUUGUUUGAGUUUUUUUGUUGGGUUUUUUUGACUGCCUAACAUGAUGGAUGAACUGGAUUCAUCCACUGAAAUCAACAGAACUGUGUGCACAAUGAUGCUUUUCUAACUAUGAGACAGAGAGAGGAAGGACAAACAGACUAUUUGUGGCUGUGCCCAAACUGCAUCAGGAUCACUGUAAUUUUGCCUCUGAAGGAAAAUGCAAGAAAACCAGAGCAGGGAGAAUCAUGGUACUGCAACAGAGAAUGGAAAAGUAUAAAAAAGGAAAGCAAAAAUACACAAGAGUAUUUCAGAAGCAGGUGCUUCAGACAGCAGUUCUUUAAACCUUUGAGGAUUGUAAAAUUAAAUCAAAGACAGACAACAGCAAUCUGGUUAAUUGCUGAAUGAAGAAAAAAAGAACUUAACCUUGCAUCAGCAGUCCCCCAGCCUUGUUGAACAAAGCACUGACUGCUGUAGGUUGGAGCGUGCAGGGAUGAGGACUGACACUGCUCACACACCCGUCUGUCACACAUAGGCCACAUCAGCAUGGGAACAUUGUCCUGACCCCAUGGAUUUUUACAGAACAGCCUGGAGUGUGACUCUUGCUUAGUUCAUCUUCCCACCGCUGUUGUUGCUUUCCUUACUGUGAAUCUGGGCCGGUCUAAGGAGGGCGCAGAGGGUUGAUGGUGCUGCUUGAAGAAACCCCCACCACUCCUGAGGUUGAAUGAAGAAGCAAAUGACUCUGGACUCAACUUACCUCUAUUUAAUGUAUGUAGUGUAUUCCCUAAAGUUAUUGAUGCUGAGUUGCAUCUUUUAAGGGGUUUUAUCACACUCAAAGAAAAAAGGUACUGCAUUACCAUUUCUAUGGGGUUCCAAUUAACACAGUACUGUUUAUUUUGUAACAUGAUACUUAGGAGGAUGGGGGUUAAUUGCUCUGAACUUGGGAACUACAUGGUAUGCUUUAAGGAGACAAAGGGUUUCAGACUGGAAUGAAUGCACUAAAGAAUUUGUCAUUCAUGAACAGAUAACCAUUUUUGUCUUUUUUAAUUUUAGGAUGUAAAAUUCACAGUUUCCUUACAGAUAACAUGAAAUAGGGACAAUGUCUUGUGUUUAAAGCUGUACAAUAAUCAAGGUGCUACUGUAAUAGAUAUAUUAAAUGAUAAUGAACUAUAUUAGAUUCAAAACUAAGCCCUAACAGUAGACUUAUUGUUUGUGUGUGGAAUGAAUGUUCCUAACUGCCCCAGAAAAAAAAAAUCUCAAAAAGCUUAAAUGAAACCUCAAUGCCACAUCAUACUGAACUUUGCAUUUUUAUUACUGACUUGGUGCUACCUUUGCAGAUAUUCCAGUCCUUCUCUCCCUACAACAGAAGGAUGUAACCCUUUUUCUGAAAUCAGUAAUAAUUUUAUUUCAGCACAGAGUGAUUCCAAGUGACUGUGGUGUUUUGAAAAAUUAGGGUAAUCACAAAACCUGGCUGUGUUGGCCUCUGCAGCCAGAAAACUGGAACUGCUCCUGCCCUCUGCCAGGCCUCAAAGCUGUCCAUGCCUGAGUGAGCUGUUGACCCGGGGGCAUGGGCAGGCUGGUGUUUGAGGGCAGCAGCCUGGGAAUGCCCUGUGUGGUGCACUCCAGGUUGGAUGUGUCUGCAGAGCAGCUCUGUGCUGGGUUAUGGGAGCCCAGUCUGGCUCACUGAAUCCUCUUGUGCUUGCUGACCUGAGCAGGAUGGAUUCUUCUGGAUUUGCAAACAGGGCUUGAGGCAGAACUUCAGGUCUCCUUUUCCUGUAGAUCUGCACAUGAAUUCAGAUGGGGGGACAUAAAACUCUAAUGUGUUUAUUACAGCUUUCUAUGGAAGAACUGAGGAUGUAAGGAUGGUACAGCAUCAUUGCAGCCAUGGAAUGAUGACUGUUCUGCUGAUACUGUGAAUCUGCUGUUUGUUAAUUUUUGUACAUGAGCUGAGAGCUGUACAGAGGAAAUAUACAUAUAUAGCUCUUCCUUCAGGCAGAACCAUUUCCAAAAUGAAGCCAUUAAAAGCCUGUUAAAUUUCAGAUGAAUCCAGAGCAAUAACCAUAAACGUAUCUACAACAAUGCUAAUGUUUAAAUGUGUUUCCUAAAUGAUAAUUUUUUCUUCCAAUCUGCAUAUUUUUAACAGGCACAGUGUGACUUCACAGUGGAAAUAUGGGGUUUUUGCUUAUCUGAAACCCAGUGCAGGUGGAUGGGCCCUUUCUUAAAACCUGCUUUUUAAAAUUCAAAUCCUCACUCCUUUUCUAAUGAGCCACUAGAGGUUGGUACAGAUGAGAUUAAAACCUGUGACAAUUAAUUAAAAUAUGAUUUCUCUAUAUAAUUCCUUAUAUUUUGGGGCACCUUCCAUGAAUUUGGGCAAUUGUGCAAGUACAAGUUAAAGUAGAUCUCCUAAAGUUUAUCAAUGUUGCAAACUAAACCGCUUUUGUAGUCCAAAACUUUCAGACCUCAGUGCUUAAAAUGGAAGCAUAAAGGUCAGAUCUAGGUGGGUAUUAAGGGCUUAGUGGGAGUGUCAGAAGCACUAAAUUAUUCUUAAGCUUUUAUGUAGUCACACAUUUAAAAGGUCUUUUUUCAGAGGUGCUAAACAUCCUCAUCUCUUGGGGUGUAGUGAAGCAAUUAUUGCUUUAUAGAUGUGCAUGGCACAUUAAUCUGUAGUGUUUGAUCUCCAGAGACAUUCACUGCUCUUUGCAAAAUGUCUUGGAGAUGAGAGUACAAAACAAAAUGAGUUUAAAAAACGGACUUCAGGAGACAUAGCUUGUCUUCACAGAAUUUUGUAGCUGAAUCCUUUUUAAACAGAAACAAUGUAAGCCUUAAGUUGCAGCUGUCAGUGGCAUUUCUAAUCAAUCUGUGGCCUAACCAGGGUGAACAGCUCCUGGCAGGAGUGGGGUUAGAGCCUUGCUUCACCAACAAGCACCAGUACAGCUGAAAACAAAGAAUGACAACUUGGGCAAUAAAUUUAUCCUAAAAAUGUAUUAAUAUUACAUGAAAAUGAGAACAUGUACGUGUCUAGUAUCUAUUUUUCUUGCUAUAAAGGCAUAAAGAACUCCUGCCAUGCUGAAAGGAAAGGAUCACUUCCCACUAGGCACUAAACCACUCUAAGGUGUGCAGUCAUUAGACCAACAUCUAGACAAGUUACUUGUAGUAAUGUUGUGGCUUUCUAAUUCUGUUUCUUUGGGUGGAUUCACUCCCUGGCAGCUGCUUGAACUAAUGCUACACAGAGAGCAGAACAAAGCUAGACCUGUAGGUCUGCAGUGUUGGUAUCAAACCCUAAGCUGGUAAGAUGUGAAUAUGGCGCAGUCCUGCAGAAGCAUUAACUUAGUUUCUGGUAUACAGCAGUAUUUUAGAAGACCCAAACACAUGAAAUCACUUCUGCAUCUCUUCCAGUGUAAUCACAAUGGUAGCAAAAGUCUCAUUUUUCCAUGUCUUGAGUGUGCCAUCCUGCAAUGCAGGGAUAGGUGUAAAGCUCAGUGUAAAGCAAGGAGGGAAUUGUGUGCCUUGAGCUUCUGUGAAGUCAGUAGAUGAACUUGCUCAAUGCCUUUUGAAAGACACUUAAUUGUAUACAGUGUUGCCCUCAAUUUCACAUCCACAUUGAUCACAUUGCCAAAUCAAAGGUGCAUGGAUAUAGGGCAGCUGGGCACAACUAAAUUUUCAGGGCAGAAACUCAAAAUGAGUCAAGCAUCAAGCAUCCUGUGCCCCAGAGUACCCCAAUUAGACUUCAUUGUUC